GAGGUAAUAUUAUGUAUUAAGGAACUGCCCAAAGAAUUUUACUCUAAGGCGAUUGAGAUAUUUGCAAACAAAGCACUUGAAAAGAAGCAAGAUGAUGUUGAUAAAGUCAUAAGAUUAUUUGACAAAUUCAUAAUCGAGAAUACUGUGGAUAAAUCAGUCUUUAUGGAAGGUUUUACUGCUACUGUAGAAUUUUUGAUAGAUAUUGGUGCUGAUGCACCCAAAUCUUACACGUUCACUGGACAAUUGUUUAAUGGUGCACGGCUUGACCUUAAAGAUGCAUCAGAUUUGCUUAAACCUCUAUCAGAAAUAGAUGAUAAAGGCCUAGAGAAAGUAAUGACUGGAUAUUUAACGGCAUUAAAGGCUAGCACUAGCGAGCAGGUGAUUGCACGGAAGAUGAAAGAAAGUGGGUUUGAUUUUAAAUCGAUAUUCCCUAAAAAGUCUAUUAACGAUAUAAAUAAAUUUCUUGAAGAUAUUGUAAGUACUUCAACUCUUUAA